AGAGAUCUUAUAAAUCUAAUUAACAUGCUCAAGAAGAUAUGGGCAUAGUGAUGCUAAAUAUUUUCCUGCCCGUCUAAAAUAAAUAUAGAUUUUUACAAUAGAACAAUAUAAGUAAGAAAUCUAAGCAACUCGUCUUUAUCACACCAACGACAAAAAACUUAAGUAGGUAGGUCGGUAAAUGAACCUCUUAUCUACCAGCACACGCCGUAGAUUAAAUACUUGAUACAUCGCUCCAACCCAACCAGUUAUCCAACGGCCCCCGCACUGAACGUACUGCCGCGCUUCUUUACUUCCAACCGUAAAAUGUAUCAAAAUGGUCGUUUCUAAUCUCGAAAAAUGCAUUCGUAACUUUAAAGUGACAGAGACUAUACCAUUAUUCUUCGAACCUAAUCAUCCUAAGCGCUUUUUUAAAUACAGUUGACCAUAGUUUUACGUUCCGCCGUUUGGAACUCUUUAAAACUUGAAAUUAGACAUUUGAAGUUCGAAAUUCAAAAAUUGACUUAAUAAUGGCGAGUAAUAAAUACGCGCGUGUUCAUUCGUACGGGAGCAUGAGCUCAAGAAGUGACGACGAUAUGGUGGUGCAUUCGCAACUCUACCCUUAUCCGAAGAAAAUGGUGGUGCAUCGGGAGAUUUUGUAUGAAGAGGAACAUCCUCCGUUCCAACCUUUAAUAGCCACUGAGAGAUUGUUUGGAAAGGCUCGUUUUACUUUCCUGCUGCUGAGUUAUGUAGCGUUCUACUUCGUCUAUCUGAUUUCUGGUGCUUUGGUGUUCUCGGCUUUGGAAGCACCCAUGGAAAACCAGGUGCGGUUGGAUGUGAUCAGAGCGAAGCAGGAUUUUAUGAUGAGGCAUCCGAAUAUUUUAGCUGAUGACCUGGAAUCGCUGAUAGAAGUGGUGGUGCGAGCCACCAACCAGGGCGUGCCGGCGGCGCAGAACGUAAGCGGCGGACCCAACUGGAGCUUCGGACAAUCGCUGUUCUUCUCUUCUACCGUUAUCACUACUAUUGGCUACGGCCACGUGACCCCCCUCUCCAAGAUGGGCAAGUUGUUCUGCAUGCUAUACGCAGUCCUGGGUAUCCCCCUUACCCUGAUCCUGCUGUCGGCGCUGGUGGAGCGACUGCUGCUGCCGACCACGGCACUGCUGCGCACCUUGAACGCUGAGCUUGGACAUCUAUACAGGCCCUUUACUAUACGGCUGAUGCACCUUUCGAUUAUUGUGAUGUUCCUGGUGGUGUUCUUCCUCGUCAUUCCAGCUGCGAUCUUCGCCUCCCUUGAGCCGGGCUGGGACUACCUGGACUCGUUCUACUACUGCUUCAUUUCGCUGACCACCAUAGGGCUGGGCGACUACAUUCCUGGAGACUCAACUGGGCAGGAGUACCGCCCGUUGUACAAAGUUGCUACUACUUUCUUCUUACUGGCCGGGCUGACUUUCCUCAUGCUGACGUUAACCGUUUUCUACGACAUCCCGCAACUGAACCUCAGCACCGUCUUCUCCUCCGUGAAACUGGACGAGGACCCGGAAAAAAUGCGUCUCAGCGGCUCCGGCGUCAUGGGCCGCGGCUACGGUAUCGGCGGGCUCGUCAUGAGAGAUGACUACAACCACCACGACCAGCGCCGGUCCGUCGUACACAUUCGGCCGCAUUUGGACGACAGUCCCAGCCCUGAGGACACCACGCCUGUCCAUGCUAGGGAUAUGAGGGUGCCUCAUGUCCAUUAAACGGUUACGUUGGAUUGGCCUGGCAAAAUUAAUUGCAAAUGUAAACCAAAGGGCAGCCAGGGGGGACAGAUCUUGAUUACUAAAGAGACGAAGAUCUAGAUUCUAGAAAGUAUAAAAUCGAAGAGUCAGAUUUGUUCACCUUUGCUGUUUUUUUCGUUUAUAACGUACUCGAAAUAUCAACACAAAUUUUGAGACCAUUAUAUCAAUACGAGAUACAUUUGUUUUUGAGUACGUGAUUUAAAAUUUUGCCUAAGCACGUCUUACAGCGUCAGGACAAUUGGCUAUCUUGACAGCAUUUGCAAGGGAGCAACAAAGUGGUAUUGUCUACUAGGAAUCUCUUCACACUUCAGAUAUAAGGAUUCCUAAGUCAAUGAAUAUUCCCUGAGUAAAUAGCAAGUGCUACGUAAAAAAAGAAUCUGACAAUCAUUUUGUUUAUAUGCACAAUGAACUUGGCGCGUAGCUAUUGGAUUGGCAUACCUAAUUCGAAUGCUAUUUAUGUAAAGAUAUAGUUCAUAUAGUAUUCCUUGAUAUAUGUUUGAUAUAUAUUUCAAUCUAUUUAAUACAUGACUAUGCUCUUUUUAUAAGAGUAGUUUUGCGGUAGGUAUAAUUUUGAUUUACCUAAUUAUUUUGAUUAUGAAAAUGAUUUUACCUAAGUAUAAAUAUAACUAUAAAUAUUUACCUGAAUUUCACAAAUAACGAAAAAAGGAUACAUUUCAAAAUAGUAUGUAAACAUUAAAAAACUGAUCAUCAAAACAUAACUGACAUACUUAACUAAGUUUAAUACUUAAAAAUGACAAGAAAUGUCAAUGUUCUUUGAAAAAAGUGCCAAAGUAGGUAUCCAUACGUUGUUUAUAAUACAGUUAUGAAGAUUCUAAAAGAUUGCGUAGUCAAAAUAAUUUUUUUAAUCUUAUUUAUUUUAUAAGCCAUAAAUAAGAUAAAAAAAAGAUUAUUUUGACUACGCAAUCUUAAUUAUUGCACUAUUGGAAUUUUAGAGGGCCUACCGCCAACAUCGAAAAACUGUUAUCAGCCUCUCUAUCGGUCUUGCAAAAUCGAGAGUCAAAGAAUGAGAUAGAUAACGUUUUAUUUUUUAUGUUGACGGUAACCGUCAGGAGUGAAAUGCGCUGAAAUUGCCUACUUUGGUAUACUUAUCUACUUUGAGCAAGGAAAAAUAUGUCAUCAACAUUUCCUGCAUGUUUUUACACAACUUUACAAAAUCAGUGCUGUAAUUGCUGCUUAUAUGCCAAUAAAAUACAACAUAACGUGACUCCAACCCAAAUUAAAGUCUGCAGAAAUUGUAGGUCAUAACGUAAUUUCUGAAUUUUGGCUGCGUACUGCGCAGUCUUCAAAUAGGUACUUACAUACUAUUAAUGUACGUAAAUAAAUUAUUUCACAAAUUUUGCA